AUGCUGCGCAUUGCAAAGUCGACUCGUGGAUUCACACGAUUCACCCAAGUGCGUGCCAACCACCACGCUGCGGAAGGAGCUGCCGAGCCGCUCACACCGUACGUCAAGUGGACUGCUGCCGUUUUGGCUGGUGUGGGCAUCGUCACAUACGACCGCUUCUACACUGACGGAGCCAUCACCAAGAUGGUCACUCCCGCCAGCAAGCAAGCCGAGAACCUCAAAGAGUCUGAGCACUACGUCGACUUCCAGCGCCGCGAACAGGACCGUGCUAUUGCCCUAUUUGCUCCGCGUGAACGCUCUGUGGCCACAGAAAACUUCAAGCCCCAGCCAGUGCCCGUCAGCGGCCCGCGCUCUGCUCACCUGAACGAUCACAUCGACGCCGACAAAAUCACCGAGCGUCGCCCUCGCACUGACCCUUUUAGCAACAAGUAA